ACCUCGGCAAUCUUCCUCAACUUUUCCAGCAUCAUUUCCACCGAACAAAAUUUCAAUAAUGUUUAGAACGAAAGCCAAGUCAAUUUUCUAUGGAGAUUAGUGUCCUCUCAUCCCUGAGUGAUUUUAAAAAACCCCAUCAGUAUCUCCAAAGCAUCAAUACAGCCAUAAGAGCACGUUGGUCAACUCGUUAGGUACUGCGAUAACAUAAUCGUGAACUUCAUGGAAAACAGCCAACUGUCUACCGGCGAUAUACGAAGGUCAAUCAUGCAUCGAGUACCACUUUCUAUGCUAAAAAAAUUUUAAUUUCAUCCCGGAAACCAGUUUUUGGAACUGGGAAACCAAACUAGUAUCAAAAAUAAACAGUUGGUCGCCGCAAUUAACGAUGCGAUAUGAAAAAUGAGCCACUGUAAUAAAAAUCUCGAUAAUACAGGCAAAAAAACCACAGGUACCUACUCGUAGACCAACAGUAGAUGUUUGAGAACAAUCGCGAGAAUACACUUUUUUAAAACUUCUUUCCGAGCACGUGUGUUCAAUUUUAAAUUAAUAAUUUUUAUCGAAAUCGCCUUUAAUUGCUAUUAUUAAUAAAUAGUGUCCGUUAUUUGAGAGUGAAUAAUUUUAAUAAUUUUGUUAAGUGUUAUCGAUCAUUAUAGCAUUUAGAGGUUCCAGUGAAAAUUAUUUAUUUCCUCGAUUCAUACGUUGAAUUAUCUGGUUUCGCAGAUAAAUAAUACAUUAUUAUGAUUAAAAAUAUGAUAUCUCAGAAAUUAGUAAUUGUCAUAAAAAUAUGGAUAGAUAACUCCUAUCUUACUUUAAGCAAUAGACUAUCUAUCAUCGGUCGUACGCAGUUAGUUUAAUGGCAAAUUAAAGUUUUUUUUUUUCUGAUUAUAUAUUUCGCGAGAUAUGAUGUUAAAUUUUCAGAACACGAUGUUACAAGUACAUAAACAAUCAUUUUCUAUGUAAAAUUUUAAGAAGAGUUUGAUGUUUAAUUACCAUUCUAGUUAUUCGUGAUGUUUAUUUGAAAACUUAUAUUCGUUGGACGUUGGAAAAAAAUACAAACGCGUUUGUUACCAUAAAAUAAAAUUUACGUUCAGUUUAAGUGCAACCGUUUUGAAAAAUAUUGCGAUUCAAUUUCCAAAAAAAUCCAAGAAGAUAUAUUGUGGAGUAACAACCAGAAAACUACACAAGGUACGUCAUAAAAUAACAUCUACAUUCAACAUAAAUCCAAACAAAUCAACCAUACUUUCAAAAAAAAAAAAAACAAGCAUGUCAACUGCCGCAUCGUAUUGUCCAGCUACACUACAAGAAAUUGGCAGAUAUUACGAAGAUAAUCUGCACGUUCCAUCCACCAUAAUAAUAUGUUUUUUCGGCGCCAUUUUUAAUCUCCUCAAUUUAUUGGUAUUCACAAGAAAACAUAUGAUAUCGCCACCGAACCUGAUUUUCUCUCAUUUAGCUUUGGUCGAUUUUCUAGACCUAUUAGCUCGUUUUUUAUCCGCUGGGCUGAAAUGUACCUACUAUCACGAUCCUGAAACACAAUUGACCUACUGGUGGGCAGUGUUUAGGAUAUGGUAUAAUGCUCUCAUAGCUACGGCUCACCUCAUGUCGGUAUUUCUCACAGUAAUGCUUACCUUAUGGAGAUAUAUAGCUGUAGUGCAUCCGUUGAAGGAACGUCGAUGGUGCAGUAUGAAAAUAACGAGAAAUGCGGUGAUUGCUGGUUACAUAAUGUGCAUCAUUUUGCUGGGUAUUCCGACGUAUUUAGCGCGUGAAAUAGUCACGAAGAAUGUAAAUCAAACGACCAUUUAUAAAUUGACUCACGAUAAGAGCCCCAUUAUGUACAGGACAUCAUCCAUAGUGUACGGAGUAUUGGGCAGAUUGCUACCUUCAGUUGUGCUGACGUGGUUAACUUAUAGACUCAUCGUCAUCUUGAUAGCAAGAAAAACCCACCAAGAACAAUUAACUCAUUCUACAAGCGUUAAAAGCCAAGUGAAAGCUGCGAAAAUGAAACAAAAAAUCAACACAUCAACAAGCAUACUGUUCACAGUCGUGGCUUUAUUUUUCAUAGCCGAAUUUCCUAAAGGAAUACUAAGCUUGUUGCGAGCGAUUUAUAACGAGAAAGCCUCCGGAAAUCAUAAAGAAUGUUUCACUUCGCUGUUAUCAAUAUUCCAGUCGAUAACUAAUUUUAAUAUUGCCAUCACGUUUGUAGUAUAUUACACAUUGAGUAAUCAAUUCAGAGUCACUUUUAAAUCUAUGUUUGGUUGUAAAACUGUUUCCCAUCAAACACAAACCCUAGUUGCUUCAGAAGUUUCCAAAGAAACUGAUACAGGCACAAAUAAUCAUGCAGUUCAAUAAAAUUAGGUGGUUUUAAGUUUUUUAGCAGGUUUACCUAGGUACCUAUUAAGAUAAGUACAUACUUAAUUAUUCAUGUAAAAUUGAAAUGUUAUUCAUCAUUUUAUUUCCAACACUAAAAUAAAUCGUAUUUUUUUUUUU